CAGGGACGGCGCACCGGCCGCGGGCCCUGGGAGCAGAUGGGUCUGGCCAUGGAGCACAGGGGGUCCUAUGCCCGGGCAGGGGGCGGCUCUCGUGGCUGCUGGUAUUACCUGCGCUACUUUUUCCUCUUUGUCUCGCUCAUCCAAUUCCUCAUCAUCCUGGGCCUCGUCCUCUUCAUGGUCUAUGGCAACGUGCACAUGAGCACCGAGUCCAACCUGCAGGCCACCGAGCGCCGGGCCGAGGGCCUGUACAGCCAGGUCGUGGCUCUCUCAGCCUCCCAGGUCAACCUGUCCAAGGAGCUCAACCUCACCACCCGCGCCAAGGACUCCAUCAUGCAGAUGCUACUCAGCGCCCGCCGCGACCUGGACCGCAUCAACGCCAGCUUCCGCCAGUGCCAGGGUGACCGGGUCAUCUACAUGAAUAACCAGCGGUACAUGGCUGCCAUCAUUCUGAGCGAAAAACAGUGCCAGGAGCAACUCAAGGAGACAAACAAGAGCUGCGACGCCUUGCUCCUCAUGCUGGGUCAGAAGGCCAAGACGCUGGAGGUGGAGCUGGACAAGGAGAAGGCGGUGUGCACCAAGGACAAGGAGGGCUUGGCACUGAGCAAGCGAGUGGUGGAGGACCAGCUGGCCGAGUGCGGCAAGGUCCGGGAACAGAUGCGGCAGGAGCGACAGCUGGCCGAGGAGCAGCUGCAGAAGGUGCAGGCCCUCUGCCUCCCGCUGGACAAGGACAAGUUUGAGACGGAUCUGCGCAACCUGUGGAGGGACUCCAUUAUCCCGCGCUCCCUGGACACCCUGAGCUACAAUCACUACCCUCUCCUGGGCUCAGAAGUGGCCUCCAUCCGGAGGAGCUGUGACCAAAUGCCCAGCCUCAUGAGCGCCAAGGUGGAGGACCUGGCCCGGAGCUUGCGGGCGGGCAUCGAGCGCGUGGCCCGUGAGAACUCAGACCUCCAGCGCCAGAAGCUGGAAGCCGAGCAGGGCCUGCGGGCCAGUCACGAGGCCAAAGAGAAGGUAGAGAAGGAGGCUCAGGCCCGGGAGGCCAAGCUCCAGGCCGAAUGUGCCAGGCAGACCCAGCUAGCCCUGGAGGAGAAGGCGGCACUGCGGAAAGAGAGGGACAACCUGGCCAAGGAGCUGGAGGUGAAGAAGAAGGAGGUGGAUCAGCUCAAGAUGCAGCUAGCCGUCGCCAACUCAGCCCUGGACACCUGCAUCAAGGCCAAGUCGCAGCCGAUGGUGCCCUUGCCAAGACCUGUGGGUCCUGCCCCCAACCCGCAGACCAUCGACCCAGCUGGCCUGGAAGAAUUCAAGAAGAGGAUCCUGGAGUCCCAGCGGGCCCCUGCAGGCAACGCUGUAGCCUCAUCCAGUGGCUGAGACUCUGGCCCCAGAGGACCGAGGGUGGCCCCAACUGGCCAGUCUGCAGACACAGUGCAGCGAGGAGCUCACGGCACCGGACACAGCCCCCUCCGGCGCCCCUGAGCCCUGGGCCGCAGCCAGACCACUUCCCACGUGCACACCCCAUAAUACUCUCUCACAGCCCCACACCCACGCCACACAAUCUCUCACCCAUCAUGCCACAGUGACAUCAUAAAUCACACAGACACAGUGACAACUUCACACACUUACAGUGACAAUGCUGGACAGAGAUACGGCACCCACAUCACACAAGCACAUUUCCCUUCACACACACCUUCUACCCAACCCUCGCCCAGUGUCACCUCCCCCUGGGGCACACGGGUCAAGAUGCCCACAGCAUCACACCCCAUCCCUGUCCUGCAUAGCCCUGUGCCCUGCCACCCCCCUCUUCCAACUUCCUUAUCUGCCCUCGCUUCCCAUCCCCAGCGCCCAGCCAGGAGGUGAGAACAGGAAGCCAUUCACCUCCGAUGCCCGCCCGGGGGCUUCUAGGCCCCCGCCACGGCAACCUGUCCAGGGGUGAGGGUCGCCCAUGAGGGAAGCUGCUCCUCUCCCCCCAUGCCCAGCCCUGCCUGUGGCCCCUAAUGUUAGCAGCACUUAAUAAAUAUUAGCAAAUCCCUUGAAA